CAGCUUCUGGCUAGAGAGCCAAGGUAAGUGGCCAGAGCCCAACAUCUCACAAUGGCAUCAUUUUGCCCAGCUCUCUUCCUCGCCGCAUCCCUUGCCGUGCUAGGGCACCACCACCAACCACUGUCGUUGCUCGCAGCCGCUGCACCGACGACCAACCUCACAGCCGGAGUGUCCAUGAUGCCACCCAACUACAUUACCAGCCCGUCCGGCGUCUUCGCGUUCGGCUUCCGCGCCCUCGACGCGUCCAACUCGGGCAAGUUCCUCCUCGCUACAUGGUUCCGCUCCCACGACGACGAAGGCGACGGCCAGAGUCAGACCAGCACCUCUUCCCAGCUGCAGUCCGUGGUGUGGUUUGCCAAGCAGUCGUCCUCGGUCGCCCUCGCCACGGAGCAGUCCGUCCUCAGCGUCACCGCCGACGGCCAGCUAGCGCUCACCGACACCACCAACGGCGGCAACAAGGUGCUGUGGAGGGCGCCGAUCCCCAACCUCGAGCGUGGGUCCCUGCUUGUGCUCCUCGACUCUGGCAACCUCCGGUUCCUCGGCGACGGCGUGCUGUGGGAGAGCUUCUGGUACCCCACGGACACGAUGUUGCCGGGCCAGUCCUUGACCAUGGAUUCUCGGUCCCAGGGGAAGCUCAUCUCCAGGCGCGCGGACACGGAGUUCGACACCGGCCGGUUCAGCAUGGGCGUCCAGACGGACGGCAACGUCGUGCUCUACGUUGAUCUUCUCAGCGGCAACAGCCCGGACAACGCCUACUGGCAGGCCCAUACUGACAGCUCCGACGGUAACACCACGGUCACCUUCGACGACCAGGGCGGCCUCAACUACACUCUUCACAGCGGCGUCGUCCAGAGCUUGAUAUCCCCCAUGGCGGCCGACACCGCCAGCAAGUCCUACAAGUUCGCCAGGAUGGACCCCGACGGCAUCGUCCGUGUCUAUGUCCGCUCCAAGAACGGCGGCGGCAACACCACGUCGUGGAGCGUGUCGGGGGCCUUCCCCAGCGACGGCUGCAACAAGAGGACGUCCGGGCUGCAGGGCCUGUGCGGCCCGGGGUCGUACUGUACGGAGCAGAAGGACCGGCUCCGCUGCCUGUGCCCAGUUGGGUACACGUACGCCGACCCGCAACAUACGGACAGCGGUUGCACGCCGGAGUUCGUGCCGCAGAGCUGCGACGGCGAGAACAGCACUGGUGAGUACACGCUCGUUGAGCUGCCCAACACCACUUGGGAGACAUCGAUCUACUACAAGAAGUUCUCGUCAGUCACGGAGGACCAGUGCCGGAACUACUGCCUCAACGACUGCUACUGCACUGCUGCGUUAGUGAUCAGCGGAACCGACUGCGCGGAGGUGGCGGCGCUGACAAACGGACGGCAGGCGAGCGAUGUCACGACCAAGGCACUGAUUAAAGUACGGCCAAGCUAUCGUCCUGCCGUGAGACAGUCGGCGAGGACAAGAAUAAUAGUAGCCGUGACAGUUUGCGUAGCCUUCGUGUUGCUGGCCAUCGCCGGCGGCUUCGUGGCAAAGCACUACCUCGCUAAGAACAGAGAGAGCCAGGGCUUGUUGAGUGUGAGAGCUUUCAGCUGGAAGGAGCUUCACAAAGCUACCAACGGCUUCGAGAAACUGCUGGGGAAAGGGAGCUUCGGCGAGGUGUACCAAGGAAAAAUAAAAUCUUGGCAGCAGCCGCGUCUCAUCGCGGUGAAGAGGCUGAUUAACUCGAACGAGUACAGCGAGAGAGAGUUCACAAACGAGGUGCUGUCAAUCGGGCAGAUCCACCACCGGAACUUGGUCCGCAUGAUCGGGUACUGCAAGGAGGGGAAGCACCGGAUGCUCGUGCUGGAGUUCAUGCCAGGAGGCUCGCUCCGCAGCUUCCUCUUCAAGCCGGAGAGGCCGCCGUGGAGCUGGCGCGCCGAGGCCGCGCUUGGCAUCGCCAGAGGGAUAGAGUACCUCCACGACGGCUGCGCUUCUCCGAUCAUCCACUGCGACAUUAAGCCGGACAACAUCCUGUUGGACGACAUGUGCGCUCCCAAGAUAACGGACUUCGGCAUCUCCAAGCUACUCGGCAACCAGCAGGUGCACACCACCGUGACCAACAUCAGGGGCACACGCGGGUACAUCGCACCCGAGUGGUUCCGCAGCGAGGCGCGCAUCGACACCAAGGCGGACGUGUACAGCUUCGGCGUCGUGCUGCUGGAGAUGAUCUGCUGCCGGAGGUGCCAGGAUCCGUUGCUCGAUCAGGGAGGGGGCGAGACAGUCACGUUGUUUGGGUGGGCGGGCCAGUUGGUUAGCAAUCAGAGGACUGAACUUAUACUGCCCAAGGACGACGACGCAGGAGCGGACUUGGAGAGGGUAGAGAGGUUCGCGCGCGUUGCGUUCUGGUGCAUCGAGCCAAAUCCAGCACUCCGGCCGACGAUGCACCAUGUCGUCCAGAUGAUGGAGAGUGUGGUGGUUGAGCAGGUGGUGCUACCUGACCCACCCGCUUGUUACAUGGAAUCGGCUCCUCUAUUCGUGUCUUCUGUUUAGAUCAAACGACCCACAUUUAUUAUUUUUAUAUGCAAGGAAAUACUAGUACCUGUACUAUUCGUUCUAGUUUAUGCGUGCCGGGCUUGAUCUGAACAUGUGGCAAUGCAGUUUCCAAAUGGUGCGGAGGCCACAUACCUUUGCCUCUAGUUAGAAUCAAUAACCACAUUUUCUGUAUGAUUAGCGCCAAGUCAUUUGGUUUGUUGGAAAAGAUCAACAAAAACUUAUCUAACCAAAUUUUAGUUUUAGUUUUCAUCAUAGCAUCAUUUCACAGCAGGGUAGGUCUAAUGUUCUUGAGAAUUCCCUUGCAAAUAUCCUGAAAAGAUCAAAUUGCAAGAAAAGGGAUAAUGAGUACACAUGUAUUUCUCUUUGUGGACUUGAUCCAUAGAUGAAAGGAAACAGUAAUUUGCCUACUGAUA